AUGAAUCGUGACAAAGGCGAAAGACCCGACGUGGGCACCCUCACGGGAGAAGAAGUGGCCAAACACAACUCCAAAGAGUCGUGUUGGGUAAUUGUCCAUGGCAAAGCCUAUGAUGUGACCGAGUUUCUUCCAGAACACCCUGGUGGUCCUAAGAUCAUUCUCAAGUACGCCGGCAAAGAUGCUACUGAGGAAUUCGACCCCAUCCACCCCCCCGAUACACUGGACAAGUAUCUGCCUCAAGAGAAGCAUUUGGGUCCCGUGAACAUGGAGACGGUGCAGCAGGAAGAAAAGGAAGAGUCUCCCGAGGAGAAGGCACGACAAGAGCGCAUCAAGAACAUGCCCCCUCUUGAAGCAUGUUACAAUCUCAUGGACUUUGAAAGCGUGGCAAGACAGGUCAUGAAGAAACCCGCCUGGGCCUACUACAGCUCCGGCGCCGACGACGAGAUCACCAUGAGAGAAAACCACUCCGCUUUUCAUAAGAUCUGGUUCAGACCGAGAAUCCUGGUCGAUGUGGAGAAAGUGGACAUCAGUACCACCAUGCUCGGGACUAAAUGCGACAUUCCUUUCUAUGUCACCGCGACUGCGUUGGGCAAGUUGGGCAAUCCCGAGGGAGAGGUCGUCCUCACAAGGGGGGCAAAGAAGCACAACGUCAUCCAGAUGAUCCCAACUUUGGCCUCUUGCAGUUUCGACGAAAUUUGCGAUGCUCGACAAGGCGACCAAUGCCAAUGGCUUCAGCUGUACGUCAACAAAGACCGAGAGAUCACCAAGAAGAUCGUCCAACAUGCCGAAGCACGGGGCUGCAAGGGUCUCUUCAUCACGGUCGAUGCUCCCCAGCUGGGCAGGCGAGAGAAAGACAUGCGUAGCAAGUUCGACGACACCGGCUCUAACGUCCAAAACACCAGUGGCGAGAACGUCGAUCGAUCCCAAGGUGCCGCCAGAGCCAUUUCGAGCUUCAUCGACCCCAGUCUGAGCUGGAAAGACAUUCCCUGGUUCUUGAGUAUCACGAAGAUGCCCAUCAUUCUCAAGGGUGUCCAGCGGGUUGAGGAUGUCCUCAUGGCCAUCGAGGCGGGUGUCCACGGCGUUGUCCUUUCCAACCACGGUGGUCGCCAGCUGGACUUUGCGCGUUCUGGCGUCGAGGUCCUCGCCGAGGUCAUGCCCGUUCUCCGCGAGCGGGGUUUGCAGGAUAAACUGGAGAUUUUCAUUGACGGUGGCAUUCGCCGAGCAACCGACAUUAUCAAGGCUUUGUGUCUGGGGGCCAAAGGUGUUGGCAUUGGCCGACCAUUCCUCUUCGCCAUGUCUGCAUAUGGACUGCCCGGUGUGGAUCGUGCCAUGCAACUGUUGAAAGACGAAAUGGUGAUGAACAUGAGGCUCAUCGGUGCUUCCAAGGUGGAAGACCUAACCCCCGAUAUGGUCGAUACCGCUGGCUUACGGUACCAUACAUCGACCGUCCCCCAGGACACUCUCGGCAUUCGAGCCUACGAUCCUUUGAUUACACCCCACGAGAUGCUGAAGGCCCGACUGUGA